AUGGACCAAGCAGACAUCCCCGCGCUUCUCUCUCGCUUGGCGAGCCCCGAAGAUGCGGCCCGUAAGAUGGCCGUCUUCAAGCUGCAGUCGUCCAUCAACGACCCCUCCUUCGCCGACGUCUUCAUCUCCUCCGGCGGCCUCGUCAUCCUGCGCCGCCUCAUCAUGAGCUCCGGCGGCAACACGCUGGCCUAUGCGCUGCAGAGCCUGACGAGGCUGCUCGAGGUCGACAUGGGAUGGGACAUCUUCGAGGGCCCGACGGCCAGCGAAUUGGUCGAGCGCGUGGUGGAACUCAUCGUCACGAACCCCCUGGUUAACAUCCUUCGGGGCGCAAUGUCGAUUCUCGUCGCCCUGGUCGGGCAUUCGCAGUCGAGCGGCCCCGAGCCUCCGAGCCGCGAUCAGGGAGCGGCAGCGUUUGGCUUCCGGGCGCUCAAGCCGGCCGUCGCCGUGUACCCGCAGUUCUUCGACGUCGUCGUGCAGCAGCUCAACAGCGCCGACCACGCCCUCUGUGCCAAUGCGCUCAUGCUGGUCAACGCGCUGAUCCGGGACUCGCUCUCGAACAAGAGCGUCAUGGCCAGCGGGACGGGCAAGGCCGCUGGCGAGGAGUGGCCCAAGCUCAUGAAGCGGCUACAAGACCUUGGCCUGAUCAGAGCGGUUUACAAGCUGAUGCAGGGCACCGGGCUGCAGGACCUGGCGCACCCUGCCAUGGAGUUUCAGAACCUGACCAAGGUCAUCAUCCGGAAGUGGAGAGACGUGCGGGUGGAUUUGGAGCGACCCGAACACAGACGCUCGCUCAAGAGCCUGCACCUUUCGAGCGCGCCAGACCGAUCCACGACCAACGGCCAUGUCAGAGAGGGAUCGGGCGACACGACAGCCACGAGGCAGGAUAGGAAGCACAGUCCUGAGAAAUGGAGGAGGCUUGGCUUCGAGACGGAGAGCCCCGCGCAGGACUUUGACGUGGCUGGAUAUCUGGGCCUGAUGGAUCUGACAGACUACGUGCGCAAACAUGAGGACCGGUUCCAGAAGCUGCUGUUGGAGCAAGCCUCGAGGCCGAUGCAUGAGCGGUGCCCCGUAGCCCGAGCGAGCUUGGCUGUGACGAUGAUGCUCUACGAGCACUUUGAUGUGGACAAGGCAGACGUGGAGGACACCAAGGGAUACCAGGGAGUCGAGACCAAAGACUACGACCGGGUGUUUCGGCCUCUGCUGCUGCAGUGGCCUCGUCUGCACUCGGCCGGGCUCCACAGCUUCUUUCGCAUCUGGAAAGCCACAGGUGCCGUAGCCGAAGACUUUGACAAGGUGGCGGAGCUGGUGCGCAUCCUGAUAGAGCGGGUUGCCGGCCAGUGUCCUCGAACUUGCGACAUUGCAGAGGUGGAAGACGAUCUACUGGAGUACGAUGUAGCUAGACUUCGGGAGCUGCAGAUGGACCUGCUUGAGAUGUCCUUUGAGGAAACCUGGGGCAAGCAUCUUCACCAGGUGCGGGACGUUUUGAAGCAGGAAGCUCUGCAGUUUGUCAAGGAGCAGAGAGUGCGGUGCCUUCUCCAAGGCGCUUGGUUCCAUCGGCCAGCGUCACAGAGAGAUGAGACGGGGGAGAACAAGCCCUGGAGAUUCGCCAAGUUGUCGCACAAUCGCCGCUUCUUGCACUAUACCGACUUUGAGGAGCAGAUGGCGCAAGAUCCGGGCCUGAACAGUCUGUCGGAGAAGAUUGAUCUCACAACCAUCAGCUCCGUGGUGUCCAACGUCUCCGCGUCCAACGACGACUCCAAGACGACGGCCAGCGGUGCGACGAUUCAAAACCUGGCCGGCGGUGCAGAAAAGUCGACGACCAAGAUUACGAUAUACAGCUUCGUGAGCCCAGCCGACGGAGCUGCUGGCGGAGACGCAAAGGAACAGCCCAUCCUGUCCCUCUGGCCGACGAGCCAUAGCGUGGCCUCGGAGUGGCUAGACGGCAUGUUGAUGAUUUUGAACCAGGCGCCCAUCACGGCCGAGACGAGCAAGCUGGUCAAUCUGGUCUGCGGAUACGGGCUAAAGAUUCGGCUGCUCAAUGUGAGGAUGGACGAAGUCCCUCUUGGAGGCGGCAUCGUGCCCAGUCGAGAGGGACUGGACGAGGACUAUUUCUACGAAGUCUAA